AUGUUAAGAGAAGUCAUCUAUUGUGGAAUUUGCUCCUACCCACCAGAGUACUGCGAGUUUUCAGGAAAAUUAAAGCGUUGUAAAGUUUGGUUAUCUGAAAACCACGCAGACCUUUAUGCAAAGCUAUACGGUACUGACGAUAAUACGCAAGAGGUGGAAGCCGUGACCAACAAACUGGCUGAAUCCAGUAUUGGCGAAGCUAGAGAGGAAAAGUUGGAAAAGGACUUGCUGAAAAUUCAAAAAAAACAGGAAAACAGGGAACAAAGAGAAUUAGCUAAGAAGCUGUCAUCGAAAGUGAUCAUUAAAAGAGAAGCUAGGACCAAGAGAAAGUUUAUCGUCGCUAUCUCUGGGCUGGAAGUUUUCGACAUCGACAUGAAAAAGCUAGCCAAGACAUUUGCGUCUAGGUUCGCCACAGGGUGCUCAGUCUCGAAAAAUGCAGAGAAAAAAGAAGAAGUUGUCAUUCAAGGUGACGUGAUGGAUGAAGUGGAAACUUACAUACAUUCCUUGCUGGAAGAAAAAGGCCUAAAGGACGUCAAAGUGGAAACCAUCGAUGCUAAGAAGAAGAAAAAGCCUGCUGCAGAAGGAGCUGCCAAGUAA